AUGGACAGCCCGUUCGGCCGUGGCCCCAACAACUCGUCUGGCCCGCCCGAAGCUGCGUCCUCUUCCAGGAUCACAGGUCAGAGUCGGCUCGCCCAACCCUACGCUCCCCAAGACCUGGCUCGCUCCGGUGCGAACGCUCAGUUUCACCUGCACUCUGCCCCCGCACCCGUCGUGAGCGCCGUCAGGGAUGACCAUGCCGUUUCCUUCCCAGGCUUUGCGGCCGGCAUGAACAUUGGCAUCAGCGACCCGAUGAACGACGGCCCAAGGACCGUAUGGAGCGACCGCAGUCCUUUGCCAUCCUUCUCCCGAGCCUUCGACCUGUUUACGGCCCACCGCGACGGCCAAGAUUUCGCAUCGCAAGACCAGGCCUUUGUGCCGUCGUACCUGCGAGGCUCUACUUACAUCCGACAGCUGCAGGAGGCACAAAAGACGAAGCUUCAGGGCCAGAAAGAAUCGCAGAGGCCGGCUGGAAAUGGCUCGGGGCCGAACCCGGCCGCCUUUGCGCAGCCGUCGCUGCCUCCGGCUGCCCACCGAGGCAUGACGCACAAUGUCAUUGAACGACCCUCUGCCUCUGGCUGCGAAGAUUCCGUGGCACCGCUUCCCGCACGAUGGAACAAGGAUGAGAUUGGACAGGGCAUCGAGGUGCAGUCGGACGGCCUCACGAUCAAGUAUACCGGGUCCAAGAAUCACCACGAGCGGGAGUACGAAGCUGGCGGCGUCCGGGCAGAUCAUUACAUGCCGUCCGAUGGUGGACUGUAUUACUUUGAGGUACAAAUAUUGCAUGGGAAGCGGGAUGACAUCACGAUAGCGGUUGGUUUCUCCGCCAAGAACACAUCAUUAUCACGAGCCGUGGGCUGGGAGCCCGAGUCCUGGGGGUACCACGGCGACGACGGCAGAACAUAUGCCGGCCAGAACUUGGGACGGACGUACGCCUCAAGCUUUGACGUCGGCGACGUGAUCGGUUGCGGUGUCAACUUUCGGGAUCACACUGCCUUUUUCACCAGGAACGGCGUCAACCUUGGCGUCGCCUUCACCGACGUAGAUCGAAGCAAAAUGUACCCCACCGUUACGCUCAAAAAGUCGGGCGAGCAGGUUCUGGCCAACUUCGGGCAAUCCCCUUUCGUAUAUAACAUUGACGACAUGAUGCGUGAGCAACGGCUGUUGGUUCAGACGGAAAUCGAAAGUACGGAUACGCUGCAGCUGGAGCCCGGCAUGAACGAGACGGACCUCAUCCAGUCGCUAGUUCUGCAGUUCCUCCAGCACGAUGGUUACGUCGAGACGGCCAGGGCGUUCGCCAAAGACGUCAAGGCGCAGAAGGAGGCCCUCAACCUGGACCCGAAUCUCAAAGUGGACGGCCUCAACAUCAAGGAUGACGAGGACGCCAACAACAGACAGCGAAUCCGGAGAGCGGUCCUGGAAGGUGACAUCGAGCGAGCGCUCAAGUACACAAACGCAUACUAUCCCCAAGUUCUUCAAGACAACGAAGAGGUGCACUUCAAACUCCGAUGUCGCAAGUUCAUCGAGAUGGUGCGCAAGGCUGCCCAGAUACGGAUGAACAACGACUCGACGGCCAGCAACGGCCGCAGGCCGGCGUCGGCACCGAGGGACAUGGACGUCGACGGCAACGGCUCCACGACGUGGGAAGAGCCCAUGGACAUGGACGGCUCGCAGCAGCAGGCCGAGCUGCACGUGCUGGAGAAGACGAUGCUCGAGUAUGGCCAGACCUUGGGGGCCGAGUACGCCGCCGAUCCACGAAAGGAGGUGACGGCGGCCCUUGGAGAAAUUUGGGCGCUCGUGGCAUACUCGAACCCGCUGAAGGAGCCGCAGGUAAGCCAUCUGCUGGACAGGAAAGGGCGGUCCGUCGUAGCCGAGGAACUGAACUCGGCCAUCCUAUCCUCUCUCGGUAAGUCGUCCCGGGCCUCGUUGGAGAAGUUGUAUGCGCAGACGAGCGUGCUGCUCGAGGACCUGAGGCAAGACGGCGGUCCUGCCGCCUUCGUUUCCUUGGAGAAUAUGAUGGAGGACUCUGCUUCGUCGACGCACUCCUGA